CGAAUAUGGCGACGACUCUAAUGAGUCGUUGGGCUGUGUCAAGAAAUGCUGUCAAGCUGUGGUUUAGAAGAAAUAUUCAAAAUGCCAAACAAUUGCAGAGAUGUUACAGUGGAGGAAUUCCAUUGUUGACAUUUCCUCAAUAUAAUCGGUCUUUUCCACGGAUUCCGUUUGCUGGAGCCAGUGUGAGAACAAUGUUUAUACAGGUACAAGAAACACCAAACCCUAACAGUUUGAAAUUUGUUCCUGGAGUCCAGGUCUUAGAGUCUGGCACAGUUAACUUUACCAGUGCACACUCUGCAUAUUGUUCACCUUUAGCAAGAAAUUUAUUUAGAAUAGACGGUGUGACUGGAGUUAUGUUUGGACCAGACUUCAUCACAGUUACAAAGACAGAUGAUGAAGUUGACUGGCCUGUGUUGAAACCUGACAUAUUUGCCUCCAUAAUGGACUUUUUUGCAAGCAAUGUUCCCAUUCUUACUGAAGACCAGCCAGCAAGUGAUACAGCUAUUGAUGCAGAUGACGAUGAAACUGUUGCUAUGAUCAAAGAGUUGUUAGACACAAGAAUAAGACCAACUGUUCAAGAAGAUGGAGGAGACAUCAUUUUUAAGGGAUUCCAAGACGGCAUUGUGAAGCUUAAACUUCAGGGAGCGUGCUCCAGCUGUCCAAGUUCAAUUGUUACCCUUAAAAAUGGCAUUGAAAACAUGAUGCAGUUUUACGUCCCAGAGGUGGUCGCAGUAGAACAGGUCGAAGACGAAGUGGAUGAAAUAAAUAAAACAGAAUUUAGUAAACUCGAAGCAAAACUCGGAGAAACAAGUACACCACCGGAGAGGAACUCGAACAACAAGUAAUAUUUCCGGCCAAGAUCAUCUCGUAAAGUCGCCCUUUUCGCUUGGUGUUUUGCGGCAUUGCGCUUUUCCUGAGACGUUCGAUUCAACGCUGAGCCUGUUGUGAGGAUUCAAGCUUUCAUGUGGCUCAUCACUGUUUGUUAGGACUAGGCUCUCCAAGUGUUCGGGAGUUCGAGUUCAUGGAAUAUUCUUUAAAAAAAUGGACAUUAAAACGUAUGUAUUUUAAAGUCAAAACAAACGACGAGAAAUGAGUCACAAAACCUUCAUUGGAGGAGUGAAAAUACUUUUUGUGACGUCAUGUCGUUUAACUCUUGAACUCUCUUGAGUGACCAAGACAGAAGUUCUCUUUACAUUAUCGUGUAAUAUCAAGCAGGAAAGUAAUGAGAUUUAAAAAAUACCAACUAGGGAAUUGUUAGUCGAUCUAAUACAAAAUCAUCUGCACUCAAAUCAUUAGAAUUGUAUGGCAAACAGUAAAAAGGAUUGCUAAUGAGAUCAUAGGAAUGCAAGGGUAAACCCCUUCUGCCAGUUAACAGAUUCAGCAGCCAGAUGCUGGUACAAAGUCACGAAAAAGAUCUUGGGAGUUUCAUUGUGAAUUCAUCAAUACUUCUCAGUUAACCACUAUGGCCUAUCAUGGCAGAAGCGCAAACGUGUAACAUUUUGGAGCAAAACUUCACUUUAGGGCUCGGGAGCAGUGGAAAAAUUCAGGGGUUGCUAGGAAGACUAGUCUCCUUCGCAGCCGUUGAUUAGGCUCGUCACGCAACGCUCCCUCCCCCACCAACGGGGGAGGGAGCGUUGCGUGACGAGCCCAAACAACGGCUGCGAAGGAGACUAUAGGAAGACUAGCUGUCGUUGAUCUUAAAUUUAUUUACUUGCUCGCUAUCAAUUUUAGAAUUUGGUGAGCCUCGCUAAUCGUUGAAUUCUAAUGAGCGUUGAUCCUAAUUCUUACUGUUCCUCACUUUGUUACUUGACCAAAUAGCCUGCAGAGCAGGCGUCAUUUGGGCAGGCGAGUCCUCAGUAUUUUCGUAGCGAAAAUUAUGGCCAUCAUCUUUGAUUUUAUGGAAGCGGAAGGCUGGGGUGAGAGAGAAGUUUGUACCAGGGAUGUGACAGAAGAACUAGGGAGGGGAUGAGGGUGGGGGAGUGAGUAAUACAUCCCCGCUCCCUUCCCCAACCGUCGACUCCAACUUCAAAUUAGACAUGGUCGGUUGAAUAAACGAUAGCGCGCUUCUUUUAACUCGCCCCAAUAUGACGCUUGCUAAGCAGGCUAAUGCACAAGCUAUAUGAUUUUCAUCUAAUAUAUAUGUUGUUGCCAAUUGCAGUGUUAAGCACAAACGUGAAAUGAAUUUCAUUUAGCUCUUUGAUUUCAAUAUUUUCGUGCGCCGCAAUUUCUCCUACAAACACCUCAGGUAAUCCAAUAUUUAUUGAACCCUUGAAACUGAUGUAAAGAUAAGUAACAAAUGAAUUUGGGAGUGAUUUUUA